GUUCUGCUUAGUUCCCUUUUUGUAGUGUACCUGCAUCAUGCCAGUUCUUCUGUACGGUUUUGACACAUGGACACUCCUCCAGAUUGACUAGACUAGAGGCCUUCCAACAAGGAUGCAGAAAUUGCCACCAUUAACUUCCUAGUUCAUAACCGCAGAGAGGCUCUUUGCAGCCACAUUGCCCGCCUUGACGACAACACCCCGGGAAAGAAGGCACUAAACACGGCCCUAAAGUGCAGAGGCAGAAUCCCACUGGCAUCUGGUUGCUCAAGAACUAGAGGCAGCCCGAGGACAUCUUGGAUCGAGGAACUGGGUAUACCAAGUAAGGUUGACUAACUCUGGAACCUAGCUACUAACCGUGGACAUAUGAGAUCAGCGUGACGGACCCCUGCGGUAGAGUGACAAGUUUACCGCAAUUCAAUGAAAUGACCAUGUGCACCGUUGGUCUCAGCUUCUCGGAUGCAAUGUCUGAUUAUAUGGGUUAUGGUUGCCACUGUGGAUUCGGCGGGAAAGGUGAUCCAAGGGAUGCAACGGACAAAUGCUGUGGUUAUCACGACGCUUGCUACAGAGAGGCUAUGAACAACGGGUGCAGUAUGUCAGAUAGAUACUUGAUCACCUAUGAUUAUCAAGAGACUAAGGCUGCUGAUGGUACCUGUUCAGUCACAUGCAGUACAGAGGACCAGUACCCAGCAUCUGAUAAGAAAGCACAAUGCAAGGCCUUCAUGUGUGGAUGCGACAGCACCGGCUCCAACUGCUUUGCAACAAACCGUGACACCUUCAGCCAAAAGUACAAGAAUUUUCCACAGUUGUUCUGCUUCUAAGUCUAGUUGUCUGCUGCCUCUUACGAAAGUAUUUUAUUGGGAGAGCUUAAAACAAAUAUGCAUUUCCCGUAAAGUAAUGAACUCAUAGUGGUCCAUAAUUUCCUCAAUAAUUUAGUUCUAUUAGUUCAUUUGUUGUUUAAACUCAUUGCAUCUCGAAAUGUGACAAAAUUUCCGAAAAGAACUAAUGUCUUUUUUCCAAGGAAAACCCACACAAUCAGGUAUGGACUGAAAACCCAAUCCACAUAUAGUGCCCCCAGUGUGAUUCGAACCAGGGUCCUUGAGAUGGAAGGCAAGGCAAGACACCACUACACCAACCUGACCCCCCUUGGCACUAGGAAACAUUAAGGCAUUGAGAUCGGUUUGGUUAAAGAAUGUUUGCGUAGUUUUUGUUUUUAUCUCUUGUUCUCAAGUAUUCACUCUAUCUUGUUGAUUGACAUAUGAUGUGCAACCUGGGCCCAGUUUUAUAGAGCAGCCAAGCGCCACAAAAUUAUGCUUAAUACUAGAAUAAGCUUAGCAGCAAACCUUCCAUGUCACAUGUACUAUUUUCUGACUGCUCAUUUCUGCUUAAGCAGCUUUAUGAAAUUGGUCCCUGGGUCAGGUCCAAGCCACACAGGGCUAAAUGUGUCACAGGUAAGAUGCUUAAUCAUUUCUGCCCUCUUGUGUUGAUAAAGGUAAAAAAUGCUUAUUCCAACUCUUGUA